UGCAUGCAGGGAGUUUUCCAGGGGAAACACAAGUCGAGCUCAUCCUCGUCCUCAUCCUCCCGCCCUCCUGCGGUGCUCGGUGGUGGAGAAGCGCAUCGGGGACGGAGAACGCAACGCGGGGCUCGCUCGCAGCUCAGAACACAAUUAAACGGGGGGGAAAUCACGCUCAAUACUUCCGUCGAGGACUAUCCACCCGGCCGCAAUGGGGAACCGGGGCAUGGAGGAUCUGAUCCCCAUGGUGAACCGCAUGCAGGAUGCCUUCUCCGCCAUCGGCCAGAACGCCAACCUCGACCUGCCUCAGAUCGCCGUGGUGGGCGGGCAGAGUGCGGGGAAGAGCUCGGUGUUGGAGAACUUCGUGGGCAAGGAUUUCCUUCCACGUGGCUCCGGCAUCGUGACCCGUCGUCCUUUAGUUCUGCAGCUGAUGAACUCUCCUACAGAGUACGCCGAGUUCCUCCACUGUAAGGGCAAAAAGUUUACGGACUUUGACGAGGUCCGUCAGGAGAUCGAGGCUGAGACUGACCGGAUGACAGGCGCCAACAAGGGCAUCUCGCCCAUUCCCAUCAACCUGCGAGUGUAUUCCCCUCACGUUCUCAACCUGACGCUGGUUGACCUGCCCGGCAUGACCAAAGUGCCCGUGGGCGACCAGCCAGCCGACAUCGAGACUCAGAUCCGGGACAUGCUGCAGCAGUUUGUCACCAAGGACAACUGCCUGAUGCUCGCCGUUUCGCCGGCCAACUCGGAUCUGGCCAACUCGGACGCUUUAAAGAUUGCCAAAGAGGUUGACCCGCAGGGUAUGAGGACCAUCGGCGUUAUUACCAAACUGGACCUCAUGGAUGAGGGCACGGAUGCUAAGGACAUCCUGGAGAAUAAGCUGCUUCCACUCAGACGAGGGUACAUUGGUGUGGUCAACCGGAGCCAAAAGGACAUCGACGGAAAGAAAGAUAUCACCGCCGCCUUGGGUGCCGAGAGGAAGUUCUUUCUCUCCCACCCUGCCUACAGGCACCUGGCCGACCGCAUGGGCACGGCCUACCUGCAGAAAAUCCUAAACCAGCAACUCACCAACCACAUCCGGGACACGCUGCCGGCUCUGCGGGCCAAGCUGCAAAGCCAGCUCCUCUCCAUCGAGAAGGAGGUGGAAGAGUACAAGAACUUCAGGCCCGACGAUCCGUCCCGCAAGACCAAGGCUCUGCUUCAGAUGGUGCAGCAGUUUUCUGUGGACUUUGAGAAGUGCAUCGAGGGCUCUGGGGACCAGAUCGACACAGCCGAGCUAUCCGGCGGCGCCAAGAUCAACCGCAUCUUCCAUGAGCGCUUCCCCUUCGAGCUGGUCAAGAUGGAGUUUGACGAGAAGGAGCUCCGCAAGGAGAUCAGCUACGCCAUCAAGAACAUCCACGGCAUCAGGACGGGUCUGUUCACCCCGGACCUGGCAUUUGAGGCAAUAGUGAAAAAGCAGAUCCAAAAACUGAAGGAGCCCACUCUGAAGUGUAUAGACAUGGUUGUCAAUGAGCUCACCUUCACCAUACAAAAGUGUAGUCAAAAGCUGGCCCAGUACCCGAUGCUGCGAGAAGAGAUGGAGAGAAUCGUCACUCAGCACAUCAGAGACCGAGAGAGCCGCACCAAAGGCCAGGUGCUCCUGCUGAUCGACAUCGAGUUGUCCUACAUGAACACCAACCACGAAGACUUCAUCGGCUUCGCCAACGCCCAGCAGAGGAUCAACCAGAUGAACAAGAAGAAGGCGGCUGGCAAUCAGGAUGAGAUCAUGCCGGAGAGAGGAGUUAACGAUCGGUUCAAGGUGAUCCGAAAGGGAUGGUUGACGAUCAACAACAUUGGUAUCAUGAAGGGCGGAGCCAAGGAGUACUGGUUUGUCCUCACCGCCGAGUCGCUGUCCUGGUACAAGGAUGACGAGGAGAAGGAGAAGAAGUACAUGCUGCAGGUGGACAACUUGAGGCUGCGGGAUGUCGAGAAGGGCUUCAUGUCCAGCAAGCACAUUUUCGCCCUCUUCAACACCGAGCAAAGAAACGUGUACAAGGACUACCGGCAGCUGGAGUUGGCCUGCGAGAGUCAGGAAGACGUGGACGCAUGGAAGGCGUCCUUCCUGAGAGCCGGCGUGUACCCUGAACGUGUCACGGAAAAGGAAGGAAAGAGCGACACAGGCGACGAGAACGGCUCCGACGGUUUCAUGAACAGCAUGGACCCCCAGCUGGAGCGUCAGGUCGAGACCAUCCGCAACUUGGUCGACUCCUACAUGGCCAUCGUCAACAAAACAGUUCGCGACCUGAUGCCCAAGACCAUUAUGCACCUCAUGAUUAAUAAUUGCAAAGAGUUCAUCAAUGCUGAGCUACUGGCCCAGUUGUACUCCUGCGGCGACCAGAACACACUGAUGGAGGAGUCUCAGGAGCAGGCGCAGCACCGCGACGAAAUGCUGAGGAUGUAUCACGCCCUGCGAGAGGCACUCCACAUCAUCGGCGACAUCAGCACGUCCACCGUCUCCACAGCCAUGCCGCCGCCUGUGGACGACUCGUGGCUGCAGGUCCAACGGGGUGGCUCGGGAGGAAGGUCUCCAGCCACCAGUCCAACUCCAAAUCGUAGGGCGCCCCCAGGCCCUCCAGCUCGCCCUGGGUCUCGCGGGCCUCCUCCUGCCGGGGGACCUCCGGUACCAUCCCGCCCCGGGGCUUCUCCAGACCCUUAUAGCGGGCCGCCGCCCACAGUGCCCUCUCGACCGAACCGCGCACCGCCGAGUGUGCCCAGAAUCACUAUCACUGACCAAUGAGGACUAACCUUUCUGUCGGAGACCCCCACCUUAACCGACGCACUAGACCUCCAAGCUCCUCCUCCUUCUUCUCCUUCUUCCAUCUCUUCUCUUCGGGCCGACGGCGCCACCUUCCUUUCUUCUGCAGUGGUGGUGGCUCCAUCCUCCUCCAACUACCUCCAACCCUCAAAUAGCGCCACCUGUCAACAACACAAACGCACAUUUUAACAUACUGCAUGACCCUUCAGAUAUAUAAUGUGUAUGAUCCGGGUGAUAUUUUUUAGCAAGGAAGUUGUCAUACGCGCAUAAAAAGUGAUGGCACUAAAAUAAAGCAAAACUACUCACUCAUCGGAGGACGGGAAAUUCCGGAUAGAAUAGGGAGGGGACAGGGAGGUAUUUCACCAGAGAGAUACUGCCACUCAGUGGCAUUUUACAAAUUUAGCAGCAGCAUAAAAAUCUUUUGCUUCUGUUGCUAUGCUGAUAUUUAUAUGAAAUAUACAUUUUGUUUGUGAAAUGGACAAAAAAAUGCACGGUUUCAACACAGUUAGUCAGUGUAGCUUCUGUCAUUUUCACGUUAGCCGUUUUACUAUUAUGUGGCUACAUGCUAAUUAUGUUAGCGUCUACUUGGUACAAAGUUACAUUGUGUAUGUCAGACUAGGUCACCAGAAGCUCCAUUUCUGGUUAUAUGGUUAUCGUCACUCUUUUCCUUUUGGCCUUCACUGGUAACACACACACACACACACACACACACACACACACACACACACAAAAGCCAAAGAAAAAGCAAAACAAUUGCAGAGUUCCUCCUGGAGGUGAAGGUUUGCCGAAGUCACACGUGAUGCUGGCUUGGACUCUCGUAUGAAUGGAUGACGUGGACUAUGACGUCACCUUGCAUGACCUCCUCUGACCAUAUUUAUCGUUUGACACGCUCUCUUCUCGUUCUGCACAGCACGCCGCCGACAAAGAGGCACUGUUCAAACUCUCGAAGACGCCUCACACCCUUUCUUCUUUUUUUCAUCACUUCAUCAUUCAUCCAUCAUUCACUCACUCCACAUCUCUUGCACAGAAGCUAUGCAAUGCAGGAAGUCCCUUCUCCCUCCCUCCCCCAUCACGUUAAGCACCAUUUAUGACCCUCAGGUGAAUAAAUGAAACUGUUACCUUAUCAAGGCGGGAUAGAAAUAAAAAGUGCAAUAUGGUAGCAUGUUUCUGUGCUGAGACCCCUCCUCCUGUGUAAACCCUUCUUAAUAUCUUAAAACAAUUGAUGAUCUACCACUUUUCUUUUUCUGCUUUUUUUUUUGUUGUCAGUGGUCACGGGGGUGAGUGAGAGGAUGAAUUCCAUGUACACGAUUCUCCUUCUGUUUGGUUUACUCUCAAUUGUGCUGUGGCGUGUUUUUGGAGCCCUUCGAACCGGUGAUGUCAUCAAUCAAUCAAUC